AUGGCAAUGGGGAAACGUAAGCUGGCUGGCUCGUUCCGCAGAUAUGUCGCUACCGGGCUUUCUCGGGUCUCGGGCGCUUUUCGGAGUCGCAGUGCCAGUAAGGAACGCCAGAGCCGUGGCAGCGGCAGCUUGGUCGAACGUGAUACGCUGGCAAAAGACCAGGGCCAGGGGGUCUGUUUACAGCCAGCUCAAGUUGGAGCUGUCCCUGUCACUAAGGUCCCGGCGCUUGAUACGAUCGAAGCAUAUGCCGGAGCAUUUGAUAAACCAAUUGACGGGGCCGGUACGUGCCAGCGGACAAGUUUGGUCUGCAGUGCCAGCUCUGCCGUUGACGGUGACGUGAUUGACGGCUUGGUUCAGGGCUAUGCGCGGUUCAUCGCUGGAUUGACGGGUCUUGACGAUAUCGCGUUCUACUCCACUCGUCAUGAACCGUUUGCAUUGGAGAAGUCGACAUCAAUCAUUAUCGCUUCUGCUGCUUCCAACGAGUUAGUCUGUCGUGAGGUGGACACGAACCACGAGAACGAUGUGCAGUUCUAUGCUGAGCUGGGACGGGUCGAGCCUGAGAAUGGACGACGUGAAUUCCAGCCGAAUGCAUUCACACUCUUCAUCGAGCCGGACAGCAAUAGGAAGAAGAAGAAUGUUCUUCACCUUAGCUUCGCCUAUCCUCGACGGCUGAUCCCAGAUGCAGCGGUAGAACAGCUACUGCGCACGCUUUUACUGCACAUCUGCGAGUCUUCUCCACUAAAGUCGCCAUCGACAUCGCAGCCUGAAUUGUCCAUUCUGAAUUUCCCGCCGUCUAUGAUACCCCCAACUGCGCAGGCGAACGGCGUCGAGAAUUCGACGACCAACCCGCAUCUCUUGCAUUCCGCAUUCGAGAACUGGGCUCGCAAGAACCCGCAUUUUAUCGCAUUAGAUUUCAUUCAUUCCCUUUCAUCCAAAACGCACAGAUCAGAGCAUAGCAUCAUCACUUAUGCGGCCCUCGAUAGCGCUGCUACCAAUCUAGCCUUCCAUAUUAGAUCACUUCUACGCGACUCUCGAAAACAUGGACAGAUUAUCCCUGUUCACAUGCCCACUUCACCGGAGCUCUACAUCUCAUACCUCGCCGUCCUGAAAGCUGGCCACGCUUUCUGUCCUAUACCUCAAGACGUUCCUGCCCGACGAAUACAGGAGAUUCUUAGCGAUAUUGAUGCUCCUAUUGUCCUCGGGACCUCAUCAAAACCGCCCAUCAGUGCUGAAAGCUCCCGGUCGACGUCUACAUGGGUUAAUGUCACCGAAGUUUCCAAAUGGCGGCAGAUGUGUGGCGAGCAACCAGCUGAUUAUUCUCGACCCUCUUUAGACCACAUAACCAUUGAGCAGAACCAGACUGCUUAUCUCCUCUUCACCAGCGGUUCAACCGGUAAGCCGAAAGGUGUGCAAAUCAGCCAUCUCGCAGCAUCAUGCUCCAUAUCCUCCCACGCCACUGCAAUUCCUCUCCCCGGCGAAUCACCAGGCAACUUCCGCUGGUUCCAGUUUGCUUCGCCAUCCUUCGACCCUUCACUCAUGGAGAUUUUUGUCACCCUAAGCACUGGUGGCACGCUCUGCUCUGCUGAUCGCAGACUUACCCUCGCCAAUCUCGAAGCCACCAUCAAUGAGAGCAGAGCGACAGUCAUGAUGGCUACGCCGAGUCUUGCCACGCUUCUCAGACCUGACCGGCUGGAGACCCUUGAGGCGCUGUGGUCCAUGGGAGAAAAGCUCAACCGGACAGUUAUUGACAACUUCGCGCUGGAUAAUGUUAUGAAUGGAGACGCCGAGACCAGAAGACCGAGGACCUUGGUCAAUGCAUACGGUCCAACGGAAGGAGCAAUCAACUGUACCUACGUCGCUCCCUUCAAGCGUCACAUGCGUGGUUCUAUCAUUGGACGGCCGCUACCAACCUGUGCGAUGUUUAUUCUAUCCCCCGACUCCCAAGUCCCUGUCUUAGUCCCUACCGGUACAGUUGGAGAACUGGCAAUUGGCGGCCCCCAAGUCAGCAAAGGCUAUCUCAAUCUCCCCGAAGUAACAGCUAGAGUCUUCAUUCGCAGCAAGGAAUUUGGACCCCUCUACCGCACUGGCGACAAGGCCCGCAUCGUCUGGGACGAAAGCGGGCACCAGGUCAUUGAGUACCUAGGCCGAAUCCGCACGGAUCAGGUCAAGAUAAAUGGACGCAGAGUUGAGCUGGGUGAAAUUGAGUCUGUUGUCGCGGCUGUGGAGGGUGUUCGGGAGGCCGUUGCGGUUGUGGUAAAGAGAGAUAGCAAGUCAAACGGGGGCGAGCAGAUUGUCGCUUGUCUUGUGGUAGAUGCUGCGGAUGGGGAGGGGCGUGAGAAAAUUGCACAGCAAGCAAAAAAAAAUGCUGCGCAGCAUCUUGCGAGCUUCAUGUGCCCGACUACCUACACAUUUUUUGAUGUGCUGCCCAGGUCGAGUUCCGGAAAGGUCGAUCGAAAAGCGUUGGCUGUCCAGCUGCAAGAGAAGCCUGAUGUUCCAAUCAAGAAUGGCCUCAGUGAAGAAAGUGCAGAAUGUUGGAGGCAUUCAGAUGAGGCCGCAUCGUCAGUACAGCAGCUGGUGAUUCGACUCGUUGCGGAAACAGGGGACGUGAGUGAUUCCGCAAUAAAGCCCGGGACAGAGCUGUACUCGGUAGGCAUCGACAGUCUAGGAGCAAUGCGUUUUCUACAGAAGCUGAGAGACAAUGGGGUCCAUGGGCUGUCCGUCGGCGAAGUGCUGCAAACACAUACAUGCCAGCGGCUUGUCUCUCUCGUCCAGAGCAUGCUGACGAAUCAAAAUGGCGAGCCUAAUGGGAUACUUCAGAAGGGCAGUAUAACAAACGACUUGCAGUUAAGACUGCAGUCAUUCGGCCGGCGAUAUCGCAUGUUUUGCGCAGAAUCCCUUGACGUGCCCGCGGACACGAUACAUGAAGUCCUUCCUACCACUGCUACUCAAUCCGGGAUGUUGACUAGUUUUCUGCGUAGCUCUGCGGAACAGUCCUAUGAGAAACCAACAUACAUUUAUCAUACUGUCCUUCCACUUGAGCCCCGUACCAACAUUGAGAAGCUCAAGAAGGCCUGGUUCGAUGUUAUCUCAAACUAUGACUCUUUCCGGACGGUCUUCUGUAUGGUCGACGAUGAGCUGGCCCCGUUUGCACAGUGCAUCUUGACGGCUGAGGGCGUCUCAUCCAGGGACUGGAACGUUUACACAAGCCCUAACAGAUCAUCGACGAAGUCCAUCAUGAUCCUCAGCAUGUUCCACGGAAUCUUCGACGGCGGCUCUCUACAGCUCCUCUUGCAAGAUGUCUCGUCAGCGUACUCCGGAAACACACUACCGCAGCGAACCUCACUAACCCACAUCGUCAAACACCACUUCCAGGCAGAUCACACUUCCACAUCCAAAUUCUGGAGGGAAUAUCUACAAGGUUACUCUCUCCUCCCCUUUCCAUCUCUCACUCCGCAUCGAGCGCCGGCCCAGAAAAGCACUGGCUGUGCUGAGGUCACCUCUCAACUCAGUUACGGAGCCCUCAAAAAACUCUCAAAAAGCAUUGGCUCUACACCACUCUCUGUGCUGCAGGCAGCAUGGGGUGCGGUAGUUCUCAGCUACACAGCUACGCCGGAUCAGGACGUAGUUUUGGGAAGUGUGAUGUCUGGACGACUUGAUCCCGAUUCGAAAGACUGCAUUGGUCCGACCUUUACGAUAACGCCUUCCAGAAUUUCCGUCCAGCAAUUGAAGGGUUCCGGAUCCUUGACAAACCAAUCAGUGGUCCACUAUCUGUCGUCUUCAAAUGCAAAAGCGCUCUCACACCUCCAGCCUCAGCUAGGAUCUGUGACCGUAAAUGGCAAGGUUCCCUAUGACACAGUCCUCGCAUACCAGGACUUUGACACUGAUAUGAAACCUUCUCAAACCUGGAGUUCUGUCCAACAUCCCGCUAUGGCAAAUGAUUUCUCUGUGAUGAUCGAGGUGGUCCCCAAUCCGGACUCGACGUUGACGCUGCGGGCUAGUUUCGACACGAAACUCGACUCUACCGGAGCUCAAAUCAUGCUGAAACAAAUGGAUGAUAUCGUCAGCUACAUCCUCAACCACCCGGACUCGAGUUUCGAAGAUGCUCCUCUUCAAGCCAGCUUAGCUCUGAAAUCGAAAGCGAACCCCAGUCCAAUUACAGCUCCAGAAGUCAGCGAAGGAGCACUCCUACAAUCACAGUUCGAAGACCAUGCCCUCUCGCAUCCAAAUGACCCAGCUCUAGUAUUUAAGCAGGACCUUGAUAAUGAUGAUCAUCCAGGAAACAUCACUUGGACAUAUGCCCAACUCAACGCUAUGGCUGAAGCUCUUGCGGAACAUCUGCUCCAGGUUUGUGGUGAUCUGAGAGAUGCUUCUGUUCCGAUUUGCAUCGAGAAGAGUCCACCCUUGUAUGUUGCGAUCCUAGGUAUCCUCAAGGCAGGAGGCGCCUGGUGUCCCAUUGAUACACUUUCCCCAGCACAGCGUCGCCAUGAUCUCAUUGCGCGAACUAGUGCCGGUAUCCUUCUGGUUUCUGGUCUCGAUACGCCACAACCUCAGAAUGCUGUUCCAGCUGGAGUCAGAGUUAUUGAUGUUAGCAAGUUCAUUCAGAAUGUCUCGAGCGACAAUACCCCACAGUCAAGCAGACACCGAGCAACCCCUAGAAAUACAGCCUACCUAAUCUGGACGAGUGGCACAACUGGCGCUCCCAAGGGCGUACCCAUUACGCACUCAGCCGCCGUCUCUAGCAUGCGCUCCCUCCAGACCGAUAUCCCGGGUAACGAAGACGGCAGUCCCAUUCGCUGCCUCCAAUUCUCGCAACCAACCUUCGAUGUCUCCAUCCAAGACCUCUUCUACACUUGGGGCUUAGGAGGCGCGCUUAUUUCUGGCACGAGGGAGAUAAUGCUCGAAUCUUUCCCUAAACUUGCAAAUAUCACCAAGGCAACGCACGCCCAUCUCACGCCUGCCUUUGCGGCUGGUGUCGCGAGGAAAUCAUGCAAAACGCUUAAAGUCGUAACAAUGAUCGGCGAAAAAUUGACACAGAGUGUUGCGGAUGAUUGGGGGACAGACAUGAGGGCGUUCAAUACCUACGGCCCCGCGGAGGCGACGGUCGUCAGUACGAUCCGCGAAUUCGGCAAUGAACAUAGAUCCGUCAAAAGUGCGAAUAUCGGGUGGCCAAUGAGCAGUGUUUCGGUCUUCGUGAUGUCCAAAGAUAAGCGCGUGCUCAUGAAGAAUGCCAUUGGAGAGCUUGCAUUAGGUGGCCCUCAGCUUUCACCAGAAUACUUGAAUUUAAAGGACGUAACGGACACGAAGUAUAUCUGGAAUGAGGACGCUGGGCAGCGGCUUUACUAUACGGGUGACCUUGUCCGCAUGCUAUCUGAUGGGAGUCUGGAGUACAUCACGCGUGUUGAUGACCUUGUGAAACUAGGUGGCAUUAGGAUUGAGUUGUCGGAGAUAAGUUUUGCGCUGAGAGGGUGUCAUGAACUCGUCGAGAGCGUGGAGACUAUGAUACUUAGCAGGAAAGACAGGCCAGUCAGAGUUGUUGUUGCGUUCUUGUGCGCCCCGAAGGCUGCUGGUGAUGCGGAUGAAGGUUUGUUGGUGCUUGACGACACUGGUAGAGAUAUUGCCCGUGCAGCAAGCCUUCAGGCGCGCAAUGUCCUGCCAGAGAACAUGAUUCCCUCUGUGUAUCUUAUUGUCAAGAAGAUACCAAAAACGCCAUCUGCAAAGGUCGAUCGACGCGCUUUACAGGCUGCGUACGCAGCGGUUGAUAUUGACAAGUGGGAGAACAACGUUAACCCUGAGGGCCCCGGAGAUGCAGAUGAGGAUGAUGCUGCCACGGCCACUCAGAUCAUCGAGACAGUGGCAGCGCUGGUGCAUGUUGAGAGCUCGACUAUCACAAAGAGCAAUAGAUUACGCAGUCUAGGUGUUGACUCACUCUGUGCCACGCGUCUUGCAUUUAGGCUCAAGGAGGCCGGGUUUGGUCUUUCUGUUAUGGAUGUCCUGGCCUGCACCACUAUCCAGGAUCUUGUCAGAUUAGCCCAGUCUACUUCAUUCAGUUCAUCUGCAAACUCAGCUAGCCCUCACAACGACAAGUUCGAUAUCGUCUCCUUCAACAAGAUAUGGCAUACCCUCGUCGCAGCAGCAGCAAAGAUCCCUGAGAAGGACGCGUUUACAACGAUCCGCGCCACAGCUAUCCAGGAGAGCUUGCUUACUGAGACAAUGGGUACAUACGACAUGUACUGGAGCAAUCAUUUCUUCAGACUUGAUAGGUCUGUCGACAUUCCCCGACUACGACAAGCUUGGUAUGCCGUGUGCCAGAAGACUGAGACGCUCCGGACGGGGUUUAUACCUGUCGCACAGACGGAGGCAAAGAAUAAGAAACAGGCUAAGGAUUCGGGAUUUUCUAUUUUGCAGGUUGUGUAUAAGCUUCCGGCGGUGGAUUGGGAGGCUCAUACCUACAGGAAGGAAGAGUGGAGUUGGGUGCUAAAGAACCGAGUGCGGGAUAUCAUGACGGCGCACCAGAAGAACUACUUCUGCCAUCCUCCUUGGGCAGUCACAAUACUGGAAGAAGGCACCGAACGAGUCAUGGUCUUGACACUCCACCACUCAAUCCAUGACGAGCCUUCCCUCAAGUUCUUGAUGGACGAUGUCCGCGCCGCAUAUACCUACAAACCGCCUCUUCGCACCCAGCUGACCCCCGCCCUCGCGCUUGUGCUCCCAACUCCAAGCAAAUACGCCGAAGCUGUUGAUUUCUGGUCCUUGGAGCUCAAGCCGUACGCCGCCCUCGACGUCCCCGUCUGGCCCGAUCUCACAGGUAAACGGGUCUCACCAGGCGCGGCGCCAGAAUACAAACUGAUAUCCGAGGCGAUGUCAAUAACCUCGUCCUUCCCAGUUUUAGAGAAAGUCGCAGCAGAUCUAGGGCUGAAAUCUGUUGCGUCGAUCAUUAGGGCGGCAUGGGCGUUCGUCAGCCUGUCUUAUCUGGGCCUGUCGGGGACGGUGUUUGCGGAGACGUUAUCAGACCGCGUCUUUGAUCCGUCCUUGGAAAGCGCAGUCGGUCCUUUUAUAUCUGUUGUUCCGGUUCCGUUCCGAGUAGAAGGGGAUACGACAGUGAGGAAGAUCCUGGCAGAACAGCACCGGCUCUCCUUGCAAUCGUGGAAGCAUCGACAUGUUCAUGCGAGAGAUAUUCGGAAGGCCCUUAAGCGGCAGAGAGGAGAGCCGUUGUACCCUGCAGUAUUCAAUUUCCACGCGCUUGACGAAUCAAAGGACAGAAAAAUUGCGAGCCUGCCUGGUCUCUGGCAUGAGCUUGAAGACCAGAUUGGCCUGCAUGUUGAGCAUCCCAUGGCCAUGAAUGUUUUCCAGUCGCCAAGCGGAAACAUGACCCUGGAGGCAUCAAGCGAUAGUCGGAUCUUCAGCCGUGAACAUUUACGCCUUUUUGUUCGCCAGAUCGAUGCUCUCAUCUCGGAAAUGCUCUUAUCGCCUGAUGAAUCUCUCAGCGGGCUCGUGAAUCGGCUUCCGUCUGACCUACGAUCCCUAUCCAACAGGAUUGUGAGCCAUGAAGUCGCGAAUUCAAUUCACCAGGCCCCAACUUACUGGCUGGAGAAGUUCGCCGACACUCACCCGCACUGGACAGCCGUCGAGGUGGCGUCCAGUAUCAGUACAAACGGAAUUGAAAAAGAAGCCAUGAGUUAUGGCUCUCUAAACAGCGCAGCAAACCGUGUUGCUGCGUACUUGGCUUCAUUUAGGUACAAGAAUCGAGUCGUCGGUGUCUGUGCAGGACGGACAUUAGCGUCGUACCCCAUCAUCAUUGGCAUAUUCAAGUCCGGGAAUACAUACCUUCCUAUUGAUGAGAGUCUGCCAGCCGAUCGAAAGGCGUUCUUGCUGGAGGAUGCAAAGUGUCCGGUUGUCUUUACGGAACUGGGUCUCAGGAAUUCCUUUGCCGGUGCUCCUGAUACCUGUCGCGUGGAGUGUAUUGACGACCCUGCCCUGCAGAGAUCAUUGGACGAAAUGCCAUCGACAAACAAAGACUACAGCUCCCAUCCAGAUGAUGUCUCAUACCUGCUAUUCACUUCCGGCUCGACCGGCAAACCCAAAGGCGUCAUGGUCACUCGCGCGAACCUGUCGUCCUUCAUCGAGUCCAUAUCUGAGUUUGCAUGCCGCAUUGCACCAGAUACGCUUAAGCUGGGUGGCACAGGUCGCUAUCUAGCGCAAGCAAACCGCGCCUUCGACCCGCACCUGCUGGAGAUGUUCUUCCCAUGGCGCCAUGGCAUGGCCACUGUGACUGCCCCGCGGCCUAUGAUCCUUGAUGAUAUCGGGACGACUCUAUCCAAAUGGAGCAUUACACACGCCAGUUUCGUUCCCAGUCUCGUCGACCAGAGCGACAUCACGCCCCAGCAAUGCCCCAACCUGCGGUUCAUGACAGUGGGCGGGGAGAAAAUCACACAGAAAGUCCUCGACACCUGGGCCUCAGCACCGAACGUGGCUAUCGUGAACGCCUAUGGUCCCACGGAGGUAACGAUUGGCUGUACAUUUGCGCAUAUCAACCCGUCCACAAACCUACGCAAUAUCGGCCCCCCUCUUACAGCUUGCACAGCGCAUGUUCUGAUCCCUGGGACCAUGAAGUACGCACUUCGGGGCCAGACUGGCGAAUUAUGUUUCAGUGGUGAUCUUGUGGCGAGAGGAUAUCUGAAUCGCCCUGAUGCCACUGCCGCAAAUUUUAUCACUGGCCCCAACGGUGCCAAGAUGUACCGUACCGGUGAUAUCGGCCGGCUUAUGUCUGAUGAUUCGGUUGAGUACCUUGGACGUGGAGAUGACCAAACCAAGAUCCGUGGGCAGAGACUAGAACUCGGCGAGGUUUCCGAAGUACUAAGAGCUUCUUCGCCAGUUGCCGUUGAUAUUGUGACGACGGUAGCGAAACAUCCUGACCUCGGCAAGGUACAGCUGAUUACCUUCGUGUCGAGAGCAAAGAAGCGCACUGUCAAUGAGGAGGUGCAGUUUCUAUUCUCUGAUUUCGGUACCCUAGGCCAAGAACUGCGCGAUAUUUGUGCGAAAAAGCUGCCAGCCUAUAUGGUCCCAGACCUCAUCUUGCCCGUGACAAGUAUCCCCGUCGCGGCAAUGAGCGGAAAGGCGGAUAUGAAGGUAUUGCAAAAAUUAUUUACCGAGCUGCCGUUGCAGGUUGUUCUUCAGGGGAAUAAUGCUAUUGCAAACGGAACUGGCUCCGAACGGCCGCUGAACCCAGACGAGAUAGCCGUCGUCGGCGAGAUUUGCCAAGUUAUCUCUGCUGACUCACACAGCUUUUCGCCUAUGACGAACAUCUUUGAAAUUGGGAUUGACAGUCUCAGUGCAAUUGGGCUCUCGGUUAGACUACGUGGAAUUGGAUAUGCGGCGAGUGUGGCGGCAAUUAUGGCCAACCCGGUUGUCGAGCAGCUUGCUAGGUUGCCUAGAGCUUCUGAGCAUGGAGUUAAUGAUCAUGCAGAUUAUUUUGCACAGCGGUGCAAGGAGUUGGAAAGCCAGUAUCGAAGCGUUUUUAGGGAUGCUGUCGAGGUUGCCGUAGUCAGGCCUUGUCUCCCAUUGCAGGAAGGACUGAUUGCGCGCUCUAUGAACAGUAACAGCGGCGAUGGCAAGCUCUAUGUCAAUCAUGUCAUUCUGCAGCUGAACAAGGAUGUUGACACCAGAAAGCUAAAAAGCUCUUGGGAGGAUGUGGCGAAGGAGAACGAGAUAUUGAGGACGGCGUUUGCGCCACUAGAGAAGGAGAUUGCGCAGGUUGUCCUGUCCAAUGCUUCUUAUCAAAUGCAAUGGACAGAGGGGAAGUAUGAAGAUUUGGAUGAAGCCAUUCAAGCACGAAAUGAAAAACAAGGACAGAUCUCGAGACUCAUUAUUGCGGAUUUAUCAACUGUUCCUCCGGCACGGUUCCAUCUUGCCAGCUCGGCGAGUGGGAAGCCGCUGGCUUUGUUUAUUUCGAUACAUCACGGGCUCUAUGAUGGCGAAUCCUUUGCGAUGAUGCUGGACGAGGUUGCGGCACGGUAUGAAGGGAGGAAGGUCGGGGAGAGAGGCUCACCGUCUGUCUUUUUGAGGCAUGUUUGUUCCCAGGACACAGAGGAGGCGAAGAGGCACUGGAUGCAGCAACUUUCUGGAUGCACCCCUACAAUAUUCCGAGCCAACGGAAAUGCAAUCAAAAACACCAUUUCCAUUCGUCGAACUGGCAACGCCAAACUCUCGGACUUAGAAACCCGCUCGUCAACACUCCAGACGACAGUCCCGAACCUGCUGCAGGCAGUCUUUGCUCUCUUGUUAGCGGACCACACCGGUAUUUUCGAUGUAACCUAUGGCCUUGUCCUGUCAGGACGCACUAUAUCCGCCCCAGGGGCGGACUCGGUACUUUUACCGGCUAUCACCACUAUCCCUGGGCGUCUCAACAUGAGCGACUUGAAAACCGUUAAUGACGUGGUGAAGGUUGUUCAGAGAGCUACCGCGAGAUCUUUAGACUUCCAGCAUACACCCCUCCGCAAGAUCCAGCAGUGGCUGAAGUCCGAAGCCCCAUUGUUCGAUUGUCUGUUCUCGUAUAUCCGCGCCACUGCUCCACCUGGCCAUAACCUCUGGGCAGAAUUGGACAGCCACAUGCCGUCUGAGUACCCACUUGCCCUUGAAGUGCAAGCCGAUAAUGCGGCUAAUACACUCAAAUUGGAGUGCAUCUUCUCCUCAGACUUUGGACCACGGCAAGUUGGUGAGGAAUUCCUUGAGAAGAUGGACGCUGUUAUUUCUGAAGUUGUCUCUGGUUCAAGUUUGCCUUUGGAGAACUUCAACACCGUGCGAUCAGCUACCUCUGCGUCUCAUGGUGCAUCCGUACAAUGGGACGAGUCAAGCUGGACUUCGUCAGAAAGCAGGAUACGAGAAAUAACGGCAACGUUCUGUGGACUGAAUGUCGAGGCUGUAUCAAAAGGCGCUUCAUUCUUUAGUCUUGGCAUAGACUCAGUCACUGCUCUUCAGUUUGCCAGAAGGCUGCGUGAUGAGGGAUUCAAGGUUUCAUCAUCGGAAAUUAUGCGUUUUUCCUGUGUUGGGUCGUUGACAGGACAUAUUGAAUCUUCUUCCGCGCUGCAAACUAAUGGUAUUGGGAAAACGGAGACGGCUAUCUCAAUCGAAACCUAUGCAAAGCAUAUUCCUCUGCUUGGAAAGAAUGACUCCAUCACGUCGUUGUUCGAAUGUACACCACUGCAAUCAGGAAUGAUCACGCAAACGAUCAGCUCUGGAGGGAAGGUGUAUAUUAAUCCUCAUCCAAUCCGUCUCAGGGACAACGUGAAAGUGGAGAAGCUCAAGGAGGCCCUGCGUCACGUUGUUCAGGCUAACGAAAUUCUGCGCACGUCUUUUCACCUCAUCCCGGAUCUAGGAGAGAGCUGGAUUGGUGCCGUGCAUGAAGAGCCUAAGUUUGAGUGGAGUGAGAUCAAUAUGCCAUCAGGCGCCAAUGCUCUGUCUGAGGUUAUGAACCUCUAUACGUUCUGUGAAGAGGCAUCUUUUGAGAGGCCACCGAUUCGUUCUGUUCUUGUCAACCAGCCAGGCUAUAGGAUCCUCAUAGUUGUCCUACAUCAUUCCCUUUACGACGGUGCUUCCCUACCGUUCGUCUUCGAGGACCUUGCAACAAUCUAUGCAGGAGGAACCCUUGCUCAACGACCACAGUUCUCAGAAAUGGUCCCCUACAUGCUCUCAGGGCAAGACGAAUCCUGUGCCUUCUGGGUGGACAGGCUCAGAGACUAUGUACCUGUUGAGAUCUGUCCACUACCCAAGCUCGACAGCACUCCAAAUAUGCUAACCGCGAAAAAUCGCAUUCCCCUACCCCUCCACUCAAUCACAGAAUCCUGCAAGACCAUGUCCGUCACAAUCCAAACUGUCUCCCUGCUUUCCUACGCAAAGGCCUACGCGCACCUUCUCGGAACCCGUGACGUCGUGUUCGGUCAAGUCUUAGCCGGCCGAACACUGCCUCACCCUGAGGCAGACCGUACAUUAGGACCAUUAUUCAACACUGUCGCGCAACGAAUAACGCUUGAUCCCACAUUUAUGAGUAACUGCGCUCUUGCGCAACGGCUCCAAAGGGAUGGCGUCGAAGCACAAAGACAUCAGCAUGCACCGCUGAGAAUUAUUCAGAAUACGCUGCGUCAAGAGGGAAAUCUUGACUCGAAGCAGUUGUUUGAUGCACUCUUUGUGUUCCAGAAGAGUGCCGCGCUCUCUCAGGGUAUCCUGAACGAGCAGGAGAUUUGGACAUCAUAUGAAGAUGAGGAUUUCGUCGUUGACGCGGAAUAUAAACUCAAUGUCGAGGUUGACCAUUCUCACGACGGGGUCAUUGUUAGGGCUACGGCAAAUGGUGCCUACCUUAACCAGAAAAUGCUUGAGAGUUUCCUCAGUCAAUACGUCGAGGUUUUCUGUGAUGUCGUCGAGCAUCCCGCAAGAUGUGUCACGGCGGUACCGCAGGGACUGGGAGGACUGCCGUUAGAACGGGCGAGUUCGAGAUUCGGGCAACCGGUGACUGACGGCUCGAAGCCGGAUUCUGCGCCCUCUACGCCUGUGCCAGUGCAUGAGGAAACCAUUCGAUCUGUUCUAGCAGACGUCGUGGGAAUCUCUACUGACGAUAUCAAGCCAACCACGAGCAUUUUCAACCUCGGGCUUGACUCUCUUUCAGCUAUCAGGCUCGCUUCUCUUUGCCGCACAAAGGGUUUGAAAGUCAGUGUUGGGGAUAUUCUUCAGGGGAAUACGCUGCGCGGUAUAAGUACGCGUGUGCAGUUAGAAUCCGAAGUCUCUACCACGACAAACGGGCACAACCCAGUUCAUGGAACUUCGUCCUUGAUUAAGGAUUAUCCUCACGUCGAACAAACCGUCAUCUCUAAUCUGCAUCUCAGCAAAGAAGAGAUCGAAACAAUUAUCCCCGUUCUCCCUGGCCAAUUUCACCACCUGGUUGGCUGGCUCAAGUCAGACCGGAAACUGUUCGAAGCACCCUGGGCUUUUGUCGCUCGUGAUGAUAAGCGUAUCAAUGCCGAUAAGCUCCAGUGUGCGUGGGCCGAUCUUCGCAAGCGACAUCCUGUGCUACGGACGGCCUUUGCAGCUACCUCGGACUCAGAGGCUGUGCAGAUUGUUCUGAGAACACCUGCAGAAAACUCGGAUGCAUUCAGAGUCAUCGAAUCUGCGGACAAUAUUGCCGACCUAGCCAGAGCGCACGCCCGCGAGGAAGCGUUGCACCCAUCCUCCCUCUCUUCCCCGCCUGUGCGAUUACGGCACCUCAAGGCUGCGGAUAGGGAUGGCAUCCUGCUUAUUAUCCAUCACUCUCUGUACGAUGCAUGGAGCAUUCCGAUGCUUGUCUCUGAACUUGGUAAACUCUACGACGAUCAGCCAACAGAUUUUACCACAGCCCCAGACUUCCCUGCCCUCGUGGACUUUUCACUUCGUGCUCUCUCCAACCUCGAUGUCAACGAGAAGGAUUACUGGACCUCGACUCUUAAGCCCGCUACACCGACUCUUGUCAGGAGCGCCGGUACGCAGAAAUCAAUUGCAAACAACGAACAGUUGUUCGUUGGCGAAUGGGAAAGAGUCUCCAAUCUAUCUACGAUGGAGAAAAUAUGUCGAUCCGCGGGAUUCAGCCUUCAGACGAUCAUCCUCCUCGCUGUUGCGCGCUGCCUUGCGAGAUCCACUGGCGUUGAGAGCCCCGUCAUGGGACUCUAUCAGAAUGGGCGCUUGGCUGCGUUCGAUGGAAUUGAAAGGGUCCCGGGACCCUGUUUGAACGUCAAUCCGUUUGUUGUGGAGGAUGUGUUAACCAGUCUGGGCAAUGAAGAGAAAGAGUGUGUCCUCAAGCAGGCGAGAAACAUUCAGAGAUCCCUCGCAGAACGGGUACCGUAUGAGCAGAGUUCGCUUCGUAAAGUCCUAACAUGGCUUAACCCGGAAAAUGGAGAGGUAACACCGCUAUUCAAUAUGUGGGUUAAUCUGCUUUGGAUGCAGGACAGCACUUCCUCCACCCCCAGCCAGCAAGCCAAUGACGAGAAAAGUGAAGCCGGGUUCUUCAAACCCCUUCGCAUCGGCGUUCCGACAGACUUCAUUCCUUCUAAGCCGCUACCCCCAUCAUCUACAUCGAUAGAUAGCCUCGAUACAUCUUACUUGCCAGACCAGAAUAUCUUCCUUGAUAUUGGUCCCGAUCCAGCCACGGAUAGUAUUGGCUUUGGGGUCCGUGUUGAGGGUGGCUUGCUGGCAGAGGGUGAGGUCAAAGAGCUUGUGGACGCGAUUGCCGCUGAGAUUGAAAGAGCUGUUGCUUGCUUAAAAGCUUAAAAGAAAGCUGCUAUGUAGUCGUUAGAAUGCGUUGCAUACAUCGCAUUGAAUGGUCAUAUAGUCAUAAUAUAGUCUCAAUUUUGUUA